CUGUCGGCAGACACUCUGCAGUUCCUGCUGUUCCUGUACGUCCAGCAGGUGAACAAGGUCUCUCUGCGAACGUCUCUGAUCGGGGAGGAAUGGCCCAGCCCCAGGACCAAGUCUCCCUGCCUGACUGGAAAAUCCACCAGCGAGAAUAAGAACUGGAACGAUCAGGACCACCGCGCCUUCGUGCAGGGCCACCUCUCGGACAUGCUGGAACUGCUGCUGGAGCCGGAGCAGCUCACUGCCUCCUCCCAUUCCACCCACAGUAGCUUGGUGUCCUACGAAGCCGUCUGUGCCCUCAGCUUUCUUAUUGAAGGGACCGUGAACAAAUCCAGGACGGUCCAUCCUCUGCACGAGCUUGCCCUCUGGCAGCCCUGUCACAGGCAGAAUGGCUACUCAAAGGUCUCCAAAGCCUUCUCUUUCCCCAAGCUAGAGAGCUGGCUGCGGUCUUGCCUGACGACAAACCCUUUUGGAAUGACUGCCUGCCUCAAGUCUGGAAAGAAACUUGCAUGGGCACAGCAAGUUGAAGGAACAACCAGGAGAGCAAAGAUUGCCUGCAAUACUCGUGUGGUGCCUGAGGUGUUCCCCAUGGUGAUAAUGAGCCAGGUGUACAAGCAGACGCUGGCCAAGAGCUCGGACACCCUGGUGGGGGCUCACGUAAGAAUUCAUCGCUGCAACGAGUCCUUCAUUUAUCUCCUCUCUCCUCUCCGAUCUGUGACCAUUGAGAAGUGCCGGAAUAGCACUUUUGUCCUUGGCCCUGUGCAGGCGUCUGUUCACGUCCACAGCUGUGACAACGUCAAGGUCAUCGUGGUUUGCCACCGUUUGUGCCUUUCUUCCACCGCUGGCUGUACUUUUUACAUUCUCACGCCUACCCAGCCUCUCAUCCUCUCGGGGAACCAAGCAGUCAGCUUUGCCCCUUUCCACACCCAUUAUCCAAUGCUUGAAGACCACAUGGCUCAGGUGGGCUUGGCCACUCUGCCAAACUACUGGGACAGCCCCAUGCUGGUGUGCAAGGAGAGCGGCGACACGAGUGUCUUCCGCCUCCUGCCGCCCUCGGACUUCUACACCUUUGUGAUUCCUUUUGAGAUGGAAGGAGACACUACGGAGACGCCGGGUGGGCUUCCCCACGUGUAUCAGAAGGCAGUGAGUCAGCGAGAGCAGAAGGUACAGAUCUGGCAGAAAACUGUGAAGGAGGCGGGCCUGACCAAGGAUCAGAGGAAACAGUUCCAGACGCUGGUAGAAAACAAAUUCUAUGAAUGGCUGGUUCAGACAGGGAACCGUCAGCAGCUGGAUAGUCUUGUCCCUCCUGCAGUAGGCUCCAAGCAGGCAGCAGGAUAGCAUCGUGUUCCUGCUGGAUAGCAAAAGGAAAGGAAGGAGAUCUGGGAACAGGCAGCGAUAUACUGAAAACAGUUCUGAUUAAGACUUUGUAGCCAUCCUGCCUGAACACACUUGAUGUGGACCUGACGCCCAGCCUCGGCAUGGAUUGGACUGUCUGCCUGCUUUAGGAUUUCUGAUCACUGCCUCUUUCUCAGGAAUGUGCUGUAACUAUUCUGUUGGUAACUGAGAAGGUGCAUGUCACUAGAGGAUCAUGAACAAGUACGCCUUGUUGCAGAUCUUUUAGUGGGGAUGCUGUCAUCAUGGUUAGUGUCCAUGGUGGGCAAGUAUCUAGCAAAGGAGCCCUUCGUGGUGCAGAGCUGGGCACAGGGCCCUGGCCAUGGUGUGCAUCUUUAUGGUACAAGCCAGCUGCACUGUUUUUAUAAAUGUGAAAAUUUGAUUUUUUUAAUGAAUGAAAUUCAAUGGAUUUUUUUAUAUGAAGAUGGCACUUAAGCAAUGUGAUUUAUGGAAUUAACUUUCUUACACGUUUGCAUUGUUUUGACAAAUGUCAAUAAAACAGAGUUCUCAGAUAAGCCU